AUGCCCGGGGUUGCUGGUAGCCCCAUUCCCGGCAAAGCGGCCUGCACUGGUUGGUGCCUCGACGGAUUGUCAUCCCAGGCGGCCGCACGGCCAAGCUCCCGACCGUUUAGUGUCAAAGCGCUCCAGCGCCCAGCCCUUGCCGAUGCGAGGGCCCUGGACAAGGACUCUGGGAAGCGGGUACAGUUCGUCCCAGGAUGCGGUGAUGAGAGGGGCGUCACUCUGUUGCUGGCAGGAGGGACUUGGGCGCCGCUGAGCUGUGCGGCGUGCCGGUGCCGCGCACGAGGACGGCGACCUCACCCGCAUGCCGCGAGUGCAUGGAGUAAGCGUGGCCGUGUGAGCUGUCCUCUGCCAGUCACUCAGCAUCGCCGCGAACGGCUAGGAGCGCGUGCCGCUGCCGUCGAGCGUCUCCCGCUCAGUGCAGUGCUGUUGGUGGCGAGCAUGGGGCGUCACAGCAGGCGAACGACGCUGGCACCAGCUCGAGCAUAG